UGUCUAUUUAUGCCCAUAGACUAUUAUCCCACUCAUGUACGCAUCGUUGUUCACAUCGGGAUUAUGUACGUAGCCCGACACAGUUUUGAACAUGCAAUUGCGGGGAAGCUGAAGAUUCGGAUAAUCUCUCGGACCUGCAGUGCUACAACGAGUCCCGUAAAACCACUUGCUGAUUCGCUCAAUCCAUUGUUGUUUGCAUAUUGUAUUCUUAUCGUGAGCUCCCGACCUUUCCAAAUAGGCAUAUAAGAUGUCGAUCAAUAUCUGACUAUAUCUAUUUCAACAAAAUAACCUGAAAGAAAGGUCGGCCACAAAUUUUCAAGGCCAUUUUUAUUUCAACAUUGAGCAUUCUCGAUACUAGACAAUGACAAUGUUUACCUCAUCUUUGAAACACCUGCUCCUUGCUGGAAUGGCGUUAUACGAUGUCUCUGCCAUUGCUUCGGUGCUUCAGCCUACUCCCCCAAUGGGCUUCAAUAAUUGGUCAGCAUUUAUGUGUGGGCUUAACGAAUCGCUAUUUGUUGAGACAGCCCAGGCAAUGGUGGAGAAAGGCCUACUUGCAGCGGGUUACAAUCGACUUAAUCUAGAUGACUGUUGGAGUCAAGGCAGUCGGGAAACGAACGGCAGUCUCUUAUGGAACACCGAGAAGUUUCCACGCGGCCUUCCAUGGUUGACCAGCUAUUUGAAAAGCCUGGGGUUCAAUUCUGGAAUCUACACCGAUGCUGGAAUCAAUUCUUGUGGUGGGUUUCCAGGUUCAUAUGGGUAUGAGGAACUUGAUGCUCGAGCUUUUGCCUCGUGGGGGUUUGAUUAUCUCAAGGUUGACGGCUGCAACAUGCCUGUAGCAACCGAGCAAGAGUAUGAGCGUGUUUACGGACAUUGGCAUGGCGUCUUAAGUGCAUUGGAGAGCCCUCUCAUAUUUUCAGAGUCUGCCCCGGCAUACUUUGCAGAGCAGGAUAAUCUAACCGAUUGGUAUACUGUGAUGGACUGGGUUCCGAAAUACGGGCAGCUUGCUCGUCACUCGCGUGAUACACUCGUCUGGAACUCAACUUCAUACUGGCCCGACAUCACUGGAUGGGAUUCUAUCUUAUUCAACUAUGGACAGGAAGUAAGAUUGGCGAGAUAUCAGAAGCCCGGUUACUUUAACGAUCCAGAUUUCUUGAUUGUUGAUCACUUCGAUUUAUCGCUCAAUGAAAAGAGGUCACAUUUCGCUAUCUGGGCCUCACUAUCAGCUCCUCUUAUUAUCAGUGCUUAUAUUCCGGCAUUCGGCGCAGAUGAGGUUGCUUAUCUCACGAAUAAAGAUCUAAUUGCUGUAAACCAAGAUCCAUUGGCAUUACAGGCUACACUUGUCAGCCAAGAUGGUACAUGGGAUGUUUUGACCAAAGAUCUGGCAGAUGGGGACCGGCUUCUCACUGUUAUCAAUCGAGGUAAUCUCACUGCUAGCUACAAAGUACCAUUUCAAAGGAUUGGUAUCUCUGCAUCAGCAGUCACAGUCAAAGAACUCUGGACUGGCAAAGUCUCACUCACAUCUGAUGUAGUCACAGCUGCCAAUGUGCCUUCGCACGGUACUGCAGUAUAUCGUAUUUCUGCUGGAAAUGGGAAUCUAAAUGUUAUACCUACUGGUAUGAUCUUCAACACAGCAUCACUGAAUAUUCUUACCUACUCCCGUCAAGGUCUAGCGUGGGCAGCCUCUAUCGGAUCGGACGAGCAAGUAUGGCAAACGGGUGAGGAUGGUACUAUCAAGGGAAUUUUUGAUACUUCUAAGUGUCUAACGGAUCUUGGAGGAGGAAAGAUAUCACUAAUUGCAUGUUCUGGCAAAAAUGAUCAGAGAUGGGAGUACUAUGUUACUGGAAAUCUCGUAAGCCUAAGUACUGGGUCGUGUUUGGCUGAGGCUAAGGGAAAGGUUGUGACGGCGAAAUGUCAGUAUGAAACCAACGGGCAAGUGUUUGGUUUGCCUAGUGGAAUUGAUGUUAUCGGGCAAUAAAUGUACUGGCACUUUUGGAGAGUUUUAUUUCCUAAGAUCAUUCAUGUACUCUACCUUGUGUACUAAGAGCAUAUCAAUAUGACUCGGAUAGGAAAAACAACACUUGAUAUGUAUACAGCUAUAAUUUCAUAUGCAAGUAAGCUGCCGAAAUAGUUUCUCUUAUCGUUUUUUAUUACAAGAUUAUUUUCUCUGCAUUUAUCAAUCGUAAAAUAACACAUUCAGCUUCUCUUUCAGCUUGAGAAAUACGAGAAUGUGCAUGCGCAAAAUUAGCAACUUCUGCUUCUGCUACGUUACAACACAAUACCCCGCCAAAAACAGCCCCGCAUCAAAAUGUUGGACCGACGGAUGUUCAACUCCGAUAUU